UUAUGAGCUCUGACCAACUGUAACUAAGAACAGUAACAGAGCAUCAACCACCAUCGUCUUCCCCUCCCUUCUCCUCCUCUCAUGGGCACACUUCACACUCAACCAUCCCAAGCUCAUUUCAUGAACUCACUCUCAUCAAAACUCAAUUCAUCUCUCUUCCUUUCUUCUCCUGUCACUACUAGGCUCGUUUCGUUUCUCUGCACUCACGCGUCCUCUCCUCCCUCCAAACUUCAAUCCCUAACAACAUCGCGGAGAACCAGAUCAAAUGCCGCUUCCAGGAACAGUCUAAAGGGUUCUGAUGUUGCCGUGCUCAAGGAGAACUGGUUAGAUUCUCUAUCUUGCCCUUUACCCGAACCCUACUCUGGUUCCGGCAUGGAUUCCUCCCGGUGCUCCGUGGGUUCCGAUUUGGUAUUAGGUGUUGACCCGGAUGUUUCUGGAGCUAUAGCUGUCUUGAGAACCGAGGAAUCUGGUUUGUCUGCACAGGUAUUUGAUUCUCCACGCCUGCCAAUUCUGGUAGGAAACCGUGUUCGAAGACGCUUGGAUGCCAAGUCUAUUGUCCAACUACUUCGGGGUUUUGAUGCUCCGAUUGGAACAACUGCAUACUUAGAGCAAUCAAUCCCUUAUCCCCAGGACGGAAAACAGGGUUGGUGGAGUGGAGGAUUCGGAUAUGGAUUAUGGAUUGGAAUCCUAGUUGCCUCAGGGUUUUCUGUAGUUCCAGUUCCAUCUUCUGUGUGGAAGAAUGAAUUUCAACUCUCUGGUAGCAGUUGUCCAAAGGAUGACAGUCGGAGAGUUGCGUCAACGUUAUUUCCGUCAUUAAGCUCACAAUUGAAGAGGAAAAAGGAUCAUGGAAGAGCUGAGGCUCUACUAAUUGCUGCCUACGGCAAGGGCCUAGCGACGCUGAAGCCACCGGUUAAUGUCGAGGAAUUGGUACAUUAAAAUUGGCAGGUUAUCCAGCAGUUAGUUUUUCAAGGUUCCAACUAUGAAUUGCUGGUUUUGAUUUAACAAUACUAACAAGUAGGGUUUGAAGAAUUAAGAUAGCGUAGUGAACAUGAUGGAUCAAGAUUCUUUGCACUUUAAGCAUCUUUUUCAUCGAUUUGGCCACAAAUAUGGCUCCGACAACCAAUUGGAAUCCUAAAUUCAGAAUCUCCUUUAGAAGCAUUGAGGUAGUAAACAUCUUUUUCAUCGACUGGCCACAAAUAUGGUCCGGCAACUAAUUGGAAUCCUAAAAUCAGAAUCUCCUGUAGAAGAAUCGAGAUAUUCGAAUCUCUGAUGAUCACCAGAAACAAUUAUUGUACUGAUAUCGUUGCAAACUGGGCCCUGGACCAUCUACCUGGGACUUGUAGAUUGGCUUGUCCUCCCGAAUGCGAUAUCACGUGGUCGCAAUUGAUUGAUAGUUUAUAAUUUGUACCUCUUCUUCUUGUAUUAAAGAAGGAAAAAAUAUUUGACUAGUUGUAUGGGGAAGAUCCUCUAAGCUGUUUUAUGUGCACAAAGUGGUUUAAAGCAA